GCAGCCGCCCCGGCAUGAAGCCGUCGCGAUGAAGAGCUUCUCAGCCGUGCUGGUAAUCCAGCCUCUUCUCUUCCUCUCUGUUUGGUGCACAAGUACGAACAAUUAUUGGAGAGACAGCAGUUCACAGGAAGAUCUCACAUCUCAAAGGCCCCAUAAACCAAAUCUUAAAAACUGGUUUUCGCACCAAUCCACAAUCUUGGACAACAACACUCACAACAAAUUAAGAAGACGAAGAACAAUCCCUAUUUUGAAAAAGGAGCUAAAGUUCAGAAAAAUUGGUGGUCCUCCGACGAAGCAAGUCUACGACCAUGAAGAGCACAACCACAUGCCGCCUUUUGUUGAUCAGUUGCCGCCAGGUCCAUUUUUUGAUGUCGAGAGAUCAGGCAACGUCACGGCCCUGGUCGACCAAUCGGCGCGCCUCAAUUGCAGGGUCAAUCAGAUAGGGAAUAGAACCGUAUCCUGGCUACGUCACCGAGACCUGCACCUGCUAACGGUUGGCCGCUACACCUACACGAGCGACCAGCGGUUCAGGGCAGAACACGUCGCAGGUUCAGAGGACUGGCCGCUGACCAUCAAGUUUGCACAGGUGCGAGACUCUGGCCAUUACGAGUGUCAAGUGUCCACCACACCGCCCAUCAAACACUCGCUCUGGCUUGAUGUUGUUGAACCGCAGACGAGGAUCCUAGGAGGUCCUGACGUGUACAUCAACAGAGGCAGCAGCAUCAACCUGACGUGCGUCGUGGACUACACGCCUCGGCCUCCAGACUUCGUCAUAUGGAAGCAUAACAAUAAGAUCAUCAGCUACGACAGCGAGCGAGGCGGCGUUAACGUUGUUACAGAGAAGGGUCCCCAAACAUCGACCAACCUCCUCAUCCGCAACGCGUCUGAGCGCGACUCAGGCUCUUAUUCCUGCAGUCCGAGCUCCGCGCCCGCAACAUCCGUCAUCGUACACAUCCUGAACGGCGAGCACCCAGCAGCGAUGCAACAUGGCGGCCAUUCCCCUCAGGAGCUUUCCCUCGGCCUUGCCCUCACCGCCCUCAUGAGCGUCGCUUCCUUCGCUGCUGCUACCCUCUGAUACGGUCGACCAAACGUUCAUUAUUAAUAAUAAUUCAUUCAAUAAAUUGGUCAUUGUUAAUGCUCGAUCAAACGUUCAUUAUUGAAUGUUCAUUUAUUCAAUAAAUUGUUCAUUA